GGUUAUCAUCUGAAUCGUGAAGUUUGGAUGCAAAAUGGGUAAAGAGCAGUUUCGGGAGGCCGACAAGGCCUUGAAAGUUGUCGGCGUAAAGUUUGCUCCUGGAGAUUGUGAGUUUAUGCGUCAGACGGCUCAUGUUCCGAUUUUCAAUAAUAAAUUGUACGAAGAUGUUGAAGGAAAAUUGCAGCCAGCAAACUAUGGACCACUCGAUCCGAAAAUGGGAGUCUCCACAAAAACUGGAACUUGCUCUACAUGCGGUCUCGGACUGACAGAUUGUGUUGGUCACUUUGGCUAUUUUGAUCUCGAUGUUCCAGUGUUCCAUAUUGGAUUUUUCAAGUUAACUAUUCAAUUGCUUCAAUGCAUCUGCAAAAACUGUUCAUCUAUUCUUCUAACUCCUGAACAACACCGUGUCUUUUCUCGACAAGUUAUGAAUCCAAAUCUUGAUUAUCUGCACAGAAAAGCACUUCAUAAACGCAUUGUCGCAGCAUGCAAGAAAGGUUCCACUUGUUCUCAUUGUGGCUUGAAAAAUGGAACCGUAAAAAAAGCCGUCGGAGCAGUUCUGAAGAUUGCCUUCGCCAGUCCUGUUUCAGUAGACGAACUUGGUAAAUUCGCUACAAUGUUCAGUUCAAACCAAGAAGUUGGUGAUCAUGUUCGUAAGAUGAAGUUCACAUUGCUUAAUCCACUAUUCGUGCAGAAACUUUUCUCCAAUAUCAAGGAAGGGGACAUUCCUGUUCUAAUGGUUCGAUCCGGAGAGGAAAAGCAUCCAAAUGAUCUUCUUCUCACUCGAAUGCCAGUUCCACCAGUUUGCAUUCGUCCUUCUGUUGUUUCAGAAGUCAAAGCUGGAACUACUGAAGAUGAUGUGACUAUGAAGCUUAUGGAAAUUAUGUUAACAAAUGAUGUACUCAAGAAGCAUAAAAGAGAUGGAGCACCCAGCAAGACACUUUUCGAAACUUGGGAGCAUCUUCAGAUACAAUGUGCUCUAUACAUCAAUUCUGAAAUGUCAGGACUUCCACCAGAUAUGCAACCAAAAAGAGCGAUGCGUGCAUUUACUCAACGUCUAAAAGGAAAACAGGGAAGAUUCCGUGGAAAUCUUUGUGGAAAACGUGUUGAUUUCUCUGGCCGUACUGUAAUUUCACCCGAUCCAAAUCUUCGAAUCGAUCAAGUUGGUGUGCCAAUCCACGUCGCCAUGACUCUAACGUUCCCCGAAAUUGUGAAUGCAUCAAAUAUUGAGAAAAUGCGUCAAUUGGUAAUCAAUGGAAGUGAUGUUCACCCGGGAGCGAAUUAUUUGGUCGAAAAGAAGACGGGAAACAAAAAGUUAUUGAAAUAUGGAAAAAGAGAUGAACUGGCAAAGAAUUUAAGAAUGGGAGAUACAAUUGAACGUCACCUUGAUGAUAACGAUGUGGUCUUGUUCAAUCGUCAACCAUCUCUUCACAAGAUCUCUAUUAUGAGCCAUAGAGCAAAAGUAAUGCCGGGAAGAACGUUCAGAUUCAAUGAAUGUGCUUGUACUCCCUAUAACGCCGAUUUUGACGGAGAUGAAAUGAAUUUGCAUUUACCACAGACAUAUGAGGCAAAAGCCGAAGCCAGUGAAUUGAUGAAUGUGAAGAAUAACUUGAUCACUCCUCGUUCAGGAGAACCUCUUGUUGCUGCUAUUCAGGAUUUCAUUACUGGAGGAUAUUUGCUCACUCAUAAGGAUACCUUUCUUCCACGUGCCGAAGUAUACCGUUUUGCUGCUGCUCUCAUUGAUGCAUCUGCAAAGAAACAAACGAAAAUCCGAAUUCCACCACCAGCAAUUCGUCGUCCUGUUGAGCUUUGGACCGGAAAGCAACUUAUCGAGCUCAUUAUUCGCCCAGACAAAGGUUCGGAUGUGUCGCUGAAUUUGACCGCCAAAAAUAAGUCGUACACUGGAAAUCUUGAAUUGUGCUCCAAAGAUUCGUACGUUAUUAUCAGAAAUUCAGUUCUGUUGGCAGGAUGUUUGGAUAAAUCUCUGUUGGGUUCGUCGUCAAAAGUUAACAUUUUCUAUAUGUUGAUGAGAGAUUAUGGAGAGGACGCUGCAGUUGAUGCAAUGUGGAGAUUAGCCAGAAUGGCUCCAGUAUUUCUAUCGAAUCGUGGAUUUUCCAUUGGAAUCGGUGAUGUACGCCCAAGUGAGCAGUUGUUGCGAGAAAAGGGGCAAUUGGUCGAUAAUGGAUAUUCAAAAUGUUCGCAAUAUAUCAAAGAGCUGGAAGAAGGAAAACUAAAAGCUCAACCAGGUUGCACUGAAGAAGAAACUCUUGAAUCAAUUAUUUUACGCGAGCUUUCAACGAUUCGUGAUCAUGCUGGACAAGUAUGUCUUCGUAAUUUGAGCAAGUACAAUGCACCAUUGACUAUGGCUGUUUGUGGUUCAAAAGGAUCUUUCAUUAACAUCUCUCAAAUGAUUGCAUGUGUCGGACAACAGGCUAUCUCUGGACACCGACCGCCCGAUGGAUUCGAAGAACGUUCACUUCCACAUUUCGAACGAAAAAAGAAGACACCAGAGGCAAAAGGAUUCGUUGCCAACAGUUUCUACUCUGGACUUACACCAACCGAAUUCUUUUUCCAUACAAUGGGAGGACGUGAAGGUCUUGUAGAUACUGCUGUUAAGACUGCUGAAACUGGUUACAUGCAAAGACGUCUUGUCAAAUGUCUCGAGGAUCUAUGUGCUUCUUAUGAUGGUACAGUUCGUUCUUCAGUUGGUGACGUCAUUGAAUUUGUGUUCGGAGAGGAUGGACUAGAUCCAGCAAUGAUGGAAGCUAAGGAUGGAAGUGUUGUUGAUUUUACGCACGUCUUGGAGCAUGCCAAAAAUAUUCAAACAACGAAAGAGCAACCAAUUCCAGUGGAUAAGCUCGAUGAAGUGCUGAAAGCAGAAAUUCAAAAGAAAUUCAAAGGAAAAUAUGUUCACUUUGCUGAUAAGCUUAGCGAAUAUAUCACUCAAACUGAAAUUAAGAAAAGUAAAAAGUGGCAAAAUGGAAAAGCUCAUUGCGGAAAUCAUGAGACAGCUGAUUUAAAAACUAAAGAGUCUUGCAAAAUUUGCAAGAAUUUGGAAGCCUAUAAAACAUCACUUCUUGCAAACUCAUGUCUAACAAAGACCCAACUCUGCAGUUUCAUUGAAUUAUGUUACUAUAAAGUGGCAAGAGCAAUCACAGAGCCCGGUACUGCAGUUGGAGCUAUUGCCGCAACUAGUAUUGGAGAACCAUCGACUCAAAUGACACUGAAAACUUUCCAUUUCGCCGGAGUUGCUUCUAUGAAUAUUACACAGGGAGUGCCAAGAAUCAAGGAAAUUAUCAACGCUGUCAAGACAAUUUCUACUCCAAUUAUCACUGCAGCACUGCUGGAUCCUUACGAUGAAUCGUUAGCCAGACGUGUUAAAGCUAGAAUUGAAAAGACCACAUUGGGAGAAAUCUGCGACUAUAUUGAAGAAGUUUACCUUCCGGAUGACUAUUUCCUACUUGUUAAACUGAACUCAAAACGUAUUCGACUUCUUCAAUUGGAAGUUUGUAUGGAAUCAAUUUCAUAUGCAAUUGCAACUUCAAAAGUGUGUCCACAGAUGAGAGGAUGUAAAAUUGUUGCUCAUGGAAAGACAAUGAUGGCAAUUCGACCACCAUCUACAAGCAAAUUAAGUAAAACUAUGACAAUGCAAAUUCUCAAAUAUUCUCUCGCAAAUGUGGUAGUCAAAGGAAUUCCAUCAGUGAAUCGAUGUGUCAUUCAUGCAGAUGAAAAGAAGGGUGAUUUCUAUUCUCUUUUGGUUGAAGGAACUGAUUUCCGAUCUGUUCUCUCUUCUGUUGGAGUUGAUCCAAGAAAAACGAAUUUUAAUAAUGCACUCGUGGUCGCUGAUGUUCUUGGAAUUGAAGCAGCUCGUUCGUGUAUUAUCAAUGAAAUCAUUGCAACAAUGGAUGCUCAUGGAAUUGGAUUGGAUAGACGUCACGUCAUGCUUCUCGCGGAUGUUAUGACUUACAGAGGAGAAGUACUUGGAAUCACUCGUAAUGGUCUCGUUAAAAUGAAAGAUUCCGUACUUUUACUUGCUUCCUUCGAAAAAACGAUGGAUCACUUGUUUGAAGCUGCAUUUUUCUCUCAACGUGACGUGAUUCAUGGAGUUUCGGAGUGUAUUAUUAUGGGAACCCCAAUGACUGUCGGAACCGGUACAUUCAAAUUGAUGCAGAAAUACGACAAGAAAGCCGUUCUUAAACAGAAUUCGCCGAUUUUCGAACGUCUGAACGUCACUCUUUAAUUUGUUCGAUUUAAUACUUUUUCUUUACCACCCAGACUUUUACUCAUUUUUGUUAUUUAGAUACCUUUCUUUAUAUUUAACUUUUUUGUUUCAACCCGUUCGCUUUUUUGUUAUUAUUUUUGUUGUUGUUGAAAGAACAUAAGUUUAUUG